CCGCAUGUCAAUAAAAAUAACUCCCGAAAGUCUGAAGAGGAAGAAGCUGAUGUUUGAUGUGCUUAUUGGAGGACCAGGCCGACAUGCUCACCCUUUCGGUCACAUGAUAACACGCCUGACAGGACACUGCUGCAAGGUGCUGCCACUUUACCACAAACACACCACAGGGGAAAGAAUAAAAACAAACCUGGAGCUUUACCUGCUGAAAACCUAGGAGUAGCCUGAGUCUGACACGUUUACAUGCUGAAGUUAAAGCCUAAGUUUGACUUGCACCGAGAUGUGGUGUGUGAUAUCCUCAGGAAGGAGGCGUCGGUCUGCAGGGUGAAAGAAUACUCUGGAGCCGUUGACACUCAGAUCUUGAACAUUGAGAGGAAUGGAGAUGUCCUCUAUUCUUGGAAGGGAGCAACAGGGACCACCAGGAUUGGGAAAUAUGACUAUAAAACAAAGCAGAAUAAGCUCCUGUACACGUUUGACAAGCAGGUGUGUGUAAGCAGCUGUUCCCUGAACAAGGAGGAGACACUCUUAGCUGUUAGUUUGGCGCAAAAUACCAGAGGAGAUGAACGCCUCAGACCAAUAUCCAAGUGUCUAACUCUCCUGAUUGAGAUUCAUCCCAUCAACAACACUAAAGUCCUCAAGGCAGUGGACUGUAGGGUCAAAGUACAGUUCCUCCAUCAAGAAACUGACAGGAGAUCAGUGCUGGAGAGCCACCUGCUGCUGCUGACUGAAGAUGGAUAUGUGGAUCUAUAUCAUGUUCUGUUGAGCAGACAGGAGGGUUACAGAGUGGUGAUGGCCAAUCCAGAGCAUUUGUCCAAAACCGCAGAGAGAAUCGUAGAGGAUUUCAGCUGGGUCCAGUGGGAUGGUCACACACAAAGACUGUACUACCUUACACAUACGGACAGGUCCCUGCUGCAAUGUGUUCAGUUUUACUCAAACCAUAACUGUGAAACCAUGUUGGAGCUCCCAUUAGAGCUUCCUGUUAAUUCCUUCCGGACAGUCAAAUUUGUAAAUCUGGGGUUUGACCAUUAUCAUACAGAGAUUACAGAGACGGAGCUUGUUAGAAUGGAAGUGUUCACAAACAGAAUAGGAAGCAUGUGUGUGUGCUACAGCCAACCUCCUAAUGACAAAAAGGAACUGAUCUACACUCUGGUUUUAGUUCACAAAGACUGCAGCAAAACAUUCAGAGUAUCUUUGGGCAGCAAGCAGUCGCCAGAGAUAGCCGCGCAGCUCUAUCCGCUCUUCAUCCCCAUAGGUUACUACAUCCUGGUUUAUAUGCAGGGUUACUUCCUCCACUGUAUCAACACCAGGCAGCAAGAGAUGCUUUGUCAUUCCCUAUUUCUCACUGGUCAUGAAGUGAACCUGGGCGUGCAGUGCCAGACAGCUAACAUCACAGUGUUGCAUUCAGAGGAAGAGUCCAGCGUCGCUCUGCUGGACCUGGUCAGUGGGAGGAUCCACACUGCUGAGCCCAGCCCUGCCUACCUGCUGCAGAUACUGCGAUCUGACCUGCCUUCUAGGUGUCCCAGCAGUAAGGCUGACCCUCAGCGCCUGGCCGCCCUCCACUGCCUGCUGGUUUACAUGGGAAAUGACCCAAAUCUGGAGUUGAAGAUUAUUGAAUGGCUGAGUGACAAUGUGAACGCCUUCGAAUCGUUUGAUCAGAUCCAGGAGUUCAUUCUAGCCUCUUUGUACAGAAUAACCUAUGAGAAGUCUCUCAACCUGGAUAAAAUUCUACCCUACUCCUCUGUAUUCGACAAGAAGGAUGUUCCGGUGUGUUUGUCGGCGAUCCCUGGUGUCACAUGCACCACUGACCUGCACGUUGACUGUGUAUUCAAUGUAAAGGCCAGGAGUCUCCAGGGUUUCUGGCCAGAGCUGCAGUGGAACACAGACAGGACAAAAUAUCUGGAAGCAGUUCCCAAUCCCAGAUACAGAACCUCACACAUACAGGCUGACUGGGAUAAACUGAGGUCCGAGAGGAGACCCUCCAGCCACAUGAAUCACAUUGAGGAGAACACAAAGAAAGUUCUAUCAACGGUGGACACCUGGUGUCUUGAUAAGAAGCUGGUGCCGCUUUUCCAGGAGGAGGACCACCAACAGAGGGUGCUCAUAGGCCUGACUGUUGACAAGCUUCGAGAUCAUCUCAACAGACACCUGCCUCGACUGGGGAAGAAGAAGAUCGACUCCCUGGUUGUCAAUUACGUAGCCAAACUGCUGGAGCUCAUCAGACACAUGCUGGAGUCGGUGUGGCUGAAGUACAAGCUCGGCCCUCAUGCUUUGUGUCUCUCACAGCAGGCCAGUCCAGCAGAGUGGUCAGUGUUUUACUUCAUGUUUCGCAUCCUGGAAGCUGCAAGAAGUCUCUGCCUGCCUCUCCCACCUGGCUAUAACACACUGUUGGCAGUGUUCGCUGUGCGUUGCCUUCCUCAUCCCACCUUCCUACAGUACAUUGACCACAAGCUCCUGCAGCUCACUGAAACCUUUGUGUCUCGGGUCAUGACAGAUUUGGACAACAGCGAUGUCCACGAGAGACUCAAGUUCAGCAUACUUAAAAGACUCCCUCAGCCUAUGGAGCAGACUAUCUACCAUAUGUGGGACCAUCCUGUCAGUUCAGCUUCAAUCUCCAGAGAUUACGUUCGAACCCUGCUAGAAAAACACAACAAAAACAAGGGAUUUGCAUUCACCGGCAGAGAUAAGCCAGGUUUCAGACCUGAGUUUCUCCCUCUUACCUACCUGGCAAAGAUUCUGUCUGAUAUAGAGGAACAAGCUGCGAACCCAUUCGAGGAGCAGGAAAAUGUGGAUGCAAGGUUUGUGGAGGAGACGGCUCUGAAACAGACACUGAUUCAGCUGGGCUUUGAGGAAAAGUGAGGAAUGUGGAGGGAGUGGUGGGGCGGAGAGGGACGGAGGAUGGAUGGAGGGUGGAUGGAGAGAGGGGGAAACAGAUGAAGGGGAAAAUGUGUUUGAGAGAACAGUCAUCGACUGGGCCUUGAGGACAAGUAACGGAUGGAUGGAUGAUGGAGGGGGUGAGGAAAGAUGAAUGGAAACAUUGAGAGGCGGGGCGCUCAUAAAACACUUCUGACUGUUUGAUGACAAAUGAGAGUAGGAUGAAGGGAUAAAUGCGAUGAAAAUGGGAGGGAGCGUAUUAGGCUUUGUAGUAGUGGAGUAGAAGACAAAAAAACAUUUGGGUGGACCUGUAAAAAAUGGAUGGGAUGGAUUUCCUAAACUCUGUUCCUGGAAGUUCUUGAAGCAGUGAAUGCACAGUGCGCAUUCACACACACACACACACACACACACACACACACACACACACACACACACACUGCUGCUGUAGUUUGUACUCGUGUUUAUCAGCUGAUCACAUCCUUUAAAUCAGUUCUAUGUCAUAUUGAUAUUCCACAUUAUGAUCAGCAGAGGGACGUUGUGUAACAGAAUACACUCACAGCUCCCAAAACCACUAAUGAAUUAAUGCUGUGUAUCCAUAAACUGUAUCACUCACCGAAUAAAAAAAUAUAAAGUUCAAACCUACACACAUCUGCAUUAUGGUAUCAUCAACUUUUCACCUUCGAAUAAAAAACUCAGUUAUUUUCGCAGUCAGUCAAACAUAACGCUGUGUCUGAUAAUCUUUACUAUGACUGUGUCAGCUGAUAGUUUACAUGAUAGCUCUGUUAGCUUAGCUCUGUUUUUAGACUGAAAACAGCCACAGUAAAAACACAAAUCUCCACUGCAUUAAAGAUCUGUCUGAAAUCAUCCAAACAAGGUCAGAACUGAGCCAUGAAUCAACAAAUGUCAAACUUACAAAUCAUAAUAACAUCAGAAAUACUACAUAUAGCUCCUUUAACCCAUAAAGACCCAAACAGCCACCGGUGACACAAACCAUCUACUGAUCUAAACUGUUUAA